UAGUUAAUCGCAAAGGGAGCGCCCUGCGCCGGCCUUUCGCCGAGAGCCAGUAGCCGCCCGGCGCCUCGCCGCCAUAAAUACCAGCCCGUGCCCUCGUCGUCUCACACCACCACACAGAGCUUCAGCGCACUCGCACCUCGGGCACCACCACACACACCCACCCUAGCUUGUCGAUCGGCUGAGGAGGCGGCGAUGGCCAAGGACAUCGAGGCGGCUCCACCCGGCGGGGGGUACGCGGCCAAGGACUACUCCGACCCGCCGCCGGCGCCGCUCUUCGACGCCGAGGAGCUGACCAAGUGGUCACUCUACCGCGCGGUCAUCGCCGAGUUCGUGGCCACGCUGCUCUUCCUCUACAUCACCGUGGCCACCGUCAUCGGGUACAAGCACCAGGCGGACCCCGCCGGCCCCAACGCCGCCGACGCGGCCUGCAGCGGCGUCGGCAUCCUGGGCAUCGCCUGGGCGUUCGGCGGCAUGAUCUUCGUGCUCGUCUACUGCACCGCCGGUGUCUCGGGCGGACACAUCAACCCGGCGGUGACCUUCGGGCUGUUCCUGGCGCGCAAGGUGUCCCUGGUGCGCGCGCUGCUCUACAUCAUCGCGCAGUGCCUGGGCGCCAUCUGCGGCGUGGGGCUCGUCAAGGGGUUCCAGAGCGCCUUCUACGUGCGCUACGGCGGCGGCGCCAACGAGCUCAGCUCCGGCUUCUCCAAGGGCACCGGCCUCGCCGCGGAGAUCAUCGGCACCUUCGUGCUCGUCUACACCGUCUUCUCCGCCACCGACCCCAAGCGCAGCGCCCGUGACUCCCACGUCCCGGUGCUGGCUCCUCUGCCAAUCGGCUUCGCGGUGUUCAUGGUGCACCUGGCCACUAUCCCCAUCACCGGCACCGGCAUCAACCCGGCAAGGAGCUUGGGAGCUGCUGUGAUCUACAACAACGAGAAGGCCUGGGAUGACCACCAGUACACGCUGCCUAAUCUCGUCCUGCUCCCACUCCCACCUACCAUCCAACCACGCCAGAAACUUUGCUACCACUAAUGUACCUGAUGGAUCUUCUGGGUGGGGCCAUUCAUCGGCGCCGCCAUCGCCGCCUUGUACCACCAGUACGUACUGAGGGCCAGCGCCACCAAGUUCGGCUCGUCGGCCUCCUUCGGCAGUCGCUAGAUCGACGGCCGGCCGCCGUCUCGGUGAUGGUCGGAGGCACUGAACUGUAGAUAUAUCAGAGGACAGAGGGGCCUCCAGUGUGUGCUGCUGUUCGGGUCCUGGAUUCUGCUGGUCUUUGCACGCGUCUCUGUUUUCCUCAGCUCGCCGCCGCGUUUGCUGCUUGUUUUUCUCUACCGAUCGAGUGUGCGUCUGUCUUCGUUAGUGUUUGCUUCCAUUCCAUGUACUAUCUGUGAACGAUGAGGAUGAUGUACUGUCAAUCUGUCAUGUAUGCAUCCAGGUAAUUUGGGGGAAAUUUGAAAUGCAAUGUGUACGUACGAUUCGGGUUG